UUCGAGCCUAUAGUUAUCUUUUACAAGUCAUCGCUUUUGAUUAAAAAAAAAAAUCCCACCAAAAGAUAAACAAAAAAGGAAUUCUACUCUUGCUCGGAUAAUCCAUCACCGGCAAGCUCUUUCAAACCCCAACGGGCAGUCGGACGGUGGUAAUCUUCUAUUCUAUCGCAGCCAAAAGCUCUCCUCCUUCUCCGCCCUCUCCGGCUCUUUCCGACCCCCGAUCUUCUCUCCUUCCCCGCCGCCAUGGAUCCCCCAGACGACGGCCCUCCGAAACCCUCCACCUCCUCCGUCGUUACAGACGGCGCCGUCUCUGGCGUGCUCCCGGCAGCCGAGGCCUUCUCCAUCCAUUACCCGGGCUACCCAUCGUCCACCGAACGCGCCAUCGAGACUCUCGGUGGCCUUCCGGAAAUCGCCAAGGUGAGGAGCUCGGAAACCGGAGCCAUGGAACUCCGCUUCCGCCCUGAAGACCCUUACUGCCACCCGGCCUUUGGGAAUCUCCAUCCCAGUUCUAGUCUUCUCCUUAGGAUUUCGAAAUCCAGGGGUGGAGCCGAACGGUCCAGUGGCGAAACCGGAGGCGGAGCCGAAGGAUCCGUAGGCGAAGCUAAUGGUGGUGGACGGGAGGGAACACCGGCACCGGCCGAGAGCCUGUUGGCGGAAGUUGUGGCACGGGUGCGCGAUGCGUACCGCUUCGAAGGAAUGGUGGACUACCAGCAUGUUCUUGCGGUCCAUGCUGCUGAGGAAAGAAGAAAGAAGCGGCCCUGGGCUUUGGAGGGGGGACUGGAUUUAGAAGAAGAUGUGAAUUCGGGCAUAGAUGGAGCAGAUGUCAUGAUGCUGGUGCCACCACUCUUCUCGUUGAAGGACAGGCCGGAGACCAUAGUGCUUAACCCAUCGGUUAAUUUGUUCUCAAGAAACUUCCAAAGGGGGGUUGUGGAGCACUGUUGGGAGAUGGAUAUUGAGCCGUGCCUUGCAAUUGCUUUCGACAUAGAAAGGGUUCCCAUAAAGAUUAACUGGGAAGAUAACAUACCGAAAGAUAUGACCGAGUGGGAGUGGCAGAUGGCUGUAUGCAAGUUAUUUGAGGAACGACCUAUAUGGCCCAGAUGGUCACUUCAUGAGCGCUUGCUUGAAGAUGACUUAGACGUCUCUGAAAACCAGCUGAAAAGGCUUCUUUUCAGAGCUGGCUACUACUUUAGUACUGGACCAUUUGGUCGAUUUUGGAUUAGAAAAGGAUAUGAUCCCCGUAAAGAUCCUGAAUCACGGAUAUGUUGCAGUAUUUCACUCAAGCUUUUUCCUCCUGAUGCUACAUUAGAUAGUCUUAGUAUGAUUUGGAUGACAAACUGUGGCUUUAGCAGAUAUCAAAAAGUUGAUUUCCGGGUGCCGAGUGAGCUAAGAGAUGCGAAUACAAAUGGCAAGUUGAAGCAAACGUGGAAGGAUUUAUGUCACUUUCAAGUAUUACCCUCUAAAAAUUUUGUUUUCUUGCAACUUUUUGAACUGAUUGAUGAGUUUAUUCAACAUGAAAUUAGAAAACCUCCAGAUCAGAAAACAUGCACACAUGCAACAGGUUGGUUCUCUAUGUGGAAGCUCAGAACCUUGAGGUUGCAUGUGAGAAUACGGUUCCUGUCACUAUAUCCCAAGGGGGCUGCAGAAUGCUUGUUGCAGUCAGCUCGUGAACUCUAUGAAAGGUCUAAGAAAGAGGAAGUUUUUAGUAGAUUUCAGAAACCUGAAAAGGAGGGUCAACAUUUCAAUGGAGUUCCUAACUGUUCUGCUGAGGUGCCAUGUACCGAAUCUAAGGAACAUGAACAGGAAGAUCCAGAUGGGCCUAAUAAUUGUGAAGUUGAAGAUGAAGAAGAGGAGGAAGAGGAACUGGAUGGAUAUGAAUAUCCACCAGUGGUACGUGAAGAUGGUUAUUUCCCAGUUGAUGGUAACUCUUAUAAUGUUGGAGAAAGCAUUCCAAAUGAUUACCUGCAAGAGCUUUUGCGUGGCUUUGGUAAGGAGUCCCAAUCUAAUGAUGCACUCCGGGGUGCUGAUUUAAGUGAUGGCGAAUAUCAGAUAUAUGAACAAGAUAGUGAUGAUGAUAAUUACUAUGGCGAUGAUGGUGAUGGUUCCAUUUAACAGCAUGAGAGAGCUUUUUUGGCGGUAGGUUCAUUCAGGUUUAAUGGACAAAAACAUAGGGAAAUUACAGGGGAAUAGUUUUAAAGUUCUGCUGUAUAUUCAUUUCUUAAAAGGAGAAAUGUUUCACCUAAAGAGAGAUGUUGUAGUCAUGCCAUGCCAUGGAUUCAGUGCAAUAAUAAUCCUCUGUCUUUGAUUAGUUUUUGUUUUCCGUUCCAAGGCUUUGGAAAGUUGAGCACUAUGUAUGCAAUUUAUUUAUUUGAAGAAAAUAAACGAACCUGUUCUG